AUGGCGCCCAACACCAAGGACAUGCGACGGCCCGACCUGAUCGUCCCGUAUCAGGAACCGAGCGUCAAGGGCGAUGUUACGGAUUUCUCGUCUACGCUUUCGUCAACGCUGCCUAUGGCGGCUAUGUUUAUGCGAAACAAGUUUGUUGGAUGGAUUGCGGUCGUGUUUUCUAUCCAGACCUGGCUGGGAGAGAGCGAGGAUAGCCAGAAGAGCGGUGGCACUCCUGGUUACUUUUCCGUUGGCAUGUCAGUCAUGGCUUUGGCGGUGACAUAUCUGCCUUUGUUCAUUCCUCCUCCCGGUGCGAAGACGACUCCCCCGCCCCCGGUACCGCUGCAGUAG